AUGUCUUUCCACCUCUCCGCCGAAGAUAUCCGCAUCGAUGACAACCACAUCCUUAGAGCCCGUCUCAGAAACGAGAACGGUGACUGGGAAGAUGCUGAGAUUGAUCUCAACCAAUACAUCGGAAACCAAGAUGGCAUGAUUCACUGGGAUGGCGAGAACUUCUCUCACAGCGCUGAGAACGUCACAUUCUCCAUUGAGGGUGGUGGACAAGUCCCAGUUCUCCGCACUUUCCUCCGCAGCAUCGAUGGCGAAGAGUUCAGCCGUGAUGUCAACCUUGCUGAGCGUAUUGAGAACCACAACGGACGAUUUGUUUAUGUUUAA